AGCUUCACAUCUACUACCUCAACGAUCUCUGCUCUACCUCACUGGAUGGCUUCGAAAUCUGUUGAUGGUGAACCUAUAGAUCUUCUAAAUAUCUUCUCAAAUUAUGAUCGCAAAAAUAUCGAUGCUAAUAUAAUAGCAGAAGCACGGAAACUAUGUUCUCAGUAUCUGAGUGGAGCGUGGAGCACUGUUGACGAUUUACAUUUCCUCAUCUCGAAAAUUAGUGGAGGCUACACAAAUCUGAUAUUCUUGUGCUCAUUGGCGCCAGAGGUCACUAGCGUAGGAACCGAGCCCAGAUCUGUUUUACUCCGAAUUCAAACACAGUCCGAUUCUUUGCAGCUGAUGAGAGAAAUUGCCAUAUUUACUGUUAUGGAUGCACAUGGAUUUGGUCCAAAACUACUGGGAAUUUUUCCGGGUGGAAGAAUAGAAGAAUUUAUUCCAAGUCGAACGCUAACUGUCAAUGAAUUUCGCGACAGUAGUGUCGUCGCUCAUCUUGCAGCUUUGACUGCAAAAGUGAACAGCAUCAAGCUGCCGUUACCGAAGGCUCCGCAGAUGGUUCCUAUGUGUCGAUCAUGGCUCGCAAAGUACGUCAACAAUGGAGGUGGACCUAUCAGUCUGGAGAAAACGGCCGUUUAUGGUGAUAUUGAGAUUUCAGUUCCCGAAGACCCUCACCGUCGAACAAUUAGAGGAAGAACUCAGUGAAAUCGAGCGGUUUCUUGACAAGCAAGAAUGUCCAUCAGUGUUUUGUCACAACGAUAUCGUGCCUGCAAAUGUUCUGUUGCGUGAGAGAGGACCUGAUGAGGGCGAUGUUAUAGAUGAAAGUAGACUUGUGCUGAUUGAUUUUGAGUUUGGCAGCUAUAAUCACAGAGCCUACGAGAUCGCGAAUAGUAUGGCGGAACAUGGAAUGACCUAUGGAACAUCGAAACACCCAUAUUACGACACGGAUAUCCGAAUAAUGCAAGAUGAAGAUUUCGCGCGAACAUACUGCACCGCCUACCUGGAUCAGCUGUACAAGGAAUUCGAGACUCCCGCUAAGCUGAAAAGCCAAUGCUUGUCAGGAGAUCGAGAAGCCGACGUUCUCAAGUUGAUAGCUGAAGGACGACGCUAUCUAGGAUUGCCGCACUUGUUCUGGGGUAUAUGGAACAUCCUUUUCGCUCAGGAGCACAAAGCGCUGGAAGGUAUGGACUACGAAGCGCAGUUCAAGGAUCGUAUAAUCAUGUAUUUCAAAUUCAAACCGAAUAUGUACAAAUACUAAACUGUAUGUAUGAGUAACUGCUGGCCAGUGAUAUUCACAUUGUAAUUUUUAUUGACCACUCAAUUUAGACGUGAUUUGUCACUUUUCUAAUUCACUUUCAUUGACCAUUCUUUAAUUUUUUUACCGUGGGUGCACUCCGCAUUUUGAUUCUCACCAAUUUCCAAUAG